AUGGAAGAUUUACAUCCAAUUGUUAUUGAUAAUGGCUCAGGGGCAAUCAAGGCCGGUUUUGCUGGUGAUGGUCAACCAUACACAAUUUUUUCCACUGUUAUUGGCCGUCUAUGUCAUUCUACAAUCGUAUCUGAAUUCAGUCGUAAAAAUCAUUAUAUUGGAAAUGAUGUAAUAAAAAAUAAAAAAAAUUUAUCUAUUCAUUAUCCAAUUGAACAUGGUAUUAUUACAAAUUGGGAUGAUAUGGAAAAAAUUUGGCAUCAUACUUUUGCUAAUGAACUUCGUGCUGCACCUGAAGAACAUCCUGUUUUACUUAGUGAAGCACCAUUAAAUCCUAAAGCUAAUCGUGAAAAAAUGGCACAAAUUCUUUUUGAAAAAUUUAACAUACCUGCUAUGUAUGUAGCAAUGCAGUCUGUUCUUUCAUUUUAUGCGAUUGGUAGAAUACUUGGUGUUGUUCUUGAAAUUGGUGAUGGUGUUUCACAUACAGUACCUAUUUUUCAAGGUUAUGCUAUACCACAUGCAAUUAAUCGUCUUGAUUUAGCUGGACGUGAUUUAACUGAUUUUAUGGUUCGAUUAUUAGCCGAACGUGGUUAUGCAUUUACAACGACGGCUGAACGUGAAAUUGUUCGAGAUAUUAAAGAAAAACUAGGUUAUGUUGCAUUAGAUUUUGAACAAGAAUUGUCAUCUUCCAUUCAUUCAAAUAAUGUCGAAAAAAGUUAUGAGUUACCGGAUGGUCAAAGGAUAACUAUUGGUAAUGAACGUUUUCGAUGUUCGGAAAUUCUUUUUAAACCAACGAUCAUUGGUCAACAAGAAUUAGGUAUUGCUGAAAUGGUUUAUAAUACAAUUAUGAAAUGUGAUAUUGAUGUACGAGAUCGAUUGUAUCGUAGGAUACUCUUAUCAGGAGGAACAACACUCAUUCCGGGUUUGGGAAAUCGAUUACAUAAAGAAAUGAUAACAUUAGCUCCACAAGCAACAAAGGUUCGCAUUAUUGUCGAAUCAGAACGAAACUAUGCAGCAUGGCUUGGUGGUUCAAUUCUUAGUUCAUUAUCAUCAUUUCAAAAAAUGUGGAUAACACAGCAAGAAUAUAAUGAAUUCGGUCCAUCGAUUGUACAUCGAAAAUGUAUGUGA